UUUACCAAGAGUGACGAAGACCUGAGGGUUUAAUAAACCCACUACUUUGCAUAAUAAUGAUUCACAACCCACUCUGCAUCUAGAUAAUACUUGUCGCGGCUUAUAUGUACAAUAUACCUACCAGAAGAACAUUUACAUAUACAGAAAUACAAAAAACAUUAAUUGCGAUACGGUAAUCACAAAGACAGUACUGAUUAUUAAUUCUUAGAACCGGAUUCGGGAGGAUGGCAAUGAUAUUACACAUUGUCUAUAAAUUGUUGUUCUAUCAAGUCAUCAGGAAACGCGAUUUUUGUGUCAUUGACAAUUUCUGCAACGAAUUAACAUGAUUGUGACGUAGCGCAAUUAUAACACUAUAUCGACAAGGCGGCAAACGCCAACUUGGGUUUUCGUAUUACGGAGCUCCAUCACCGAAACAUUGAAUUGUGCGUAAAAAGUAAGCGUUAAAAUUUCGAAAGUAACAGUCAGCUUCAAUCAUAUUCAUGGUACGCUGAUUCCUUUCAGUUUUCAAAUCAUUGCAAAAAUGUUAAGUGGCUCCCGAAAUUUAAAACAUUCGCUUAAUGGCUCAUAAUUAUUGAUGCUAAUCUCAACCACGUUUUGAAGUAGUUUAGUUAAUUAGUAGAAGGCAGAAUUUGUCAAAGUGGGGUUCACAAUACAACACGGUUUUUUGCGGAUUCUGAUUUGUCACACUUCCUAUUUAAUUUAAGUUAUGUCAGUUUUGGUGUAAUAAAUUAUCUACUUUCUAAUUUUUUACUGUCGCAAAACAAAGAGCAACAGCUCCGGUGUGAUAUAGUAAAACUAUCACCGCCACUUUGGUUAUUCAAGGUUGGUCAUACUUACACAAUUUAAUCUGCGCCGUGCCCUGUUGAAUUUGCCAGUUUAAAGAAAUGACGUCAUCCUCGCCGUAUUAUAAAAUUUACAAAUGUAGAAAAGUCUAUACAAAGACUGAGUAGGUUGAAAAUUAUAGCUUAUACUUCAACUGAUUUUAUUAUUUAUGAUAAUAUCAAACCCGGAGACGCGUGAAAGAAAGACGCUGCUCCAGUUUAUGAAGAACGAUGAAAAUAUAGAAAGGAGUUAAGUAGUUCGCGUUAUUAGAUAACUUUGCCGGCCUUCACCGUUCGUAUUGAAUGUUGAGUUUCACUGUUAAUGUUCGUAAAAUUGACCUAGCCCUAAUAUUUCUGGCCCAGCAGCGCAAGUGAAACUUAAACCUGACUUAAGUACGGUCGGCGCGUGAAACGCACAUAUCACAAAAAUAAUAGUCCUUUGUGCUGAUCAAAAGAAAUGACUCACGGACCUUUGUCGGCACUUAAAAUUUACUAAUUACUCUCAUUUACUGUCAAUGUCAAGAGAUAAAAACCCAUCAGAAAUCGCCAGUCAGACGCAGUUGUUAAGAGUGCCGAUUUGUGCUAUUCCGAUUUACAUGACAAGAGAUCACACAAGUGUGAAAAAUGCGAUGCGCGUUAAUUAUGUUGUAAUUAAACGGACAAUUUACACUUGCAACAUAAAUGCAUCCGUUUUCUCCGUUUGAAUAAGUCUGGCGUAACUCUAUUGUUUGCUCAUUAUUUUAUCAAGCGAGUAAUUUCGUAGUACGGCCAUAUAUCUAAUCAACUUUUCGAGCGAUUGACAUCCUCCCGAGUCACGAAACAUUUACGUGGACACAAAAAUAGCCAGAUGUGCGAAGAAAGAAUUAUUACAAGAAUGAAGACUAUAUAGUUGUUCUCGUUAUGGAAUCUGAAGAGGCCCUUAAUUACUAUAUAAAUGAAGUCAAAGACACUAACAAUGAGAUAGAAAUCGAGGAGGAACAUGUGCCUAAUGAAGCGGAACAGGCGACCGAUUUUCUUCAAAAAGUUGGUUUAUCUGACUUGACGAAAUUAUACAGUCAAGGUAAAGAGAUCACUGAGAAUGUGAUAAAUGACUCCGUGAGGCAGAAAAAUUUGACUGAAAGACAAGCUGAAACGGUCAAAUCACGGAUUCGGACGCUUAAUAGGACUUUACAUAGUAGGCAACCCCGGCGAAAACAAAGACAAGACAUACGCGACGUAACGUGGAAUGUUGAAACAUCUAGUACCGGCACAAGGUCUAGAAGUGCGACACCUGAUUCUUUAGACUCGGUCGGAAUUUUAAAUGACGAUUUAACUUCGGAUGAUGAUCAACAAUUGUCGUCUUUACCUCCUUUUCCACUUGAAUCUAGUCAUUCAGUAUUCAAAGCGAAAGUUAAAUGGACGUCCAGUGAACCUAUACAAAAUAAAAAAUUUAAUCGUAACGACAAAGGGGACGUAGCACACUUAGGAUCUGAAAAUGUUAUUUUGAAAGGUUACCAACCAUUAAAUGAGUACUCGACUUUACCUAGACCCCAAAGAGAACGAAGCGGGAGCGACCCUACGACUGAAGUUCAUCUGCAACCGCUGAAAAAUCGCAAUGGAGAUAAUUUUGAAUUGAAACCUCUUAAGUUAAGUAACGAGUUAUCACGGAGCCAAAACAGUUUUGAAAUUAGCAAUAAUGCGAACAAUUGUAGCAGAGUUUAUAUCACUGGGGACGAAAACGAAAUCCUCAGUUUCGAAGGCUUGAUGAAACAAAACAAAGUCAGUCAGCUAACUUCUCAAAACCUCGAUUCCUGUGAUGAAGGUGUGGAUAUCGACGAAUUCACCGACAGUGAAUAUCAGUAUUUAAAACCGUUAUUAUACGUAGAAUUGGUCGCCAUAUUUGAUCAACACAAAGUAGUUUUCCUGAAACGGAAGGCCAGUACUAAGUACAAAGGUGGUAACGUCUUCGGAGUCAACCUAUCAACUUUAGUAAUGCGGGACAUGCAAAGACCCACCGACAAUUUCAUGGUCCCUAAUAUUUUCCAAAGCGUAGUGAGCCAACUCAAUACUCGUUGUAUUAGCGAAGACGGGAUUCUACGACUGGCGGGCCAGAAACAGAAACUUGAAUUUUUAUGCAACGAAAUCGAAUCGAAAUUUUUUACAAAUCGACAGGACGUUGAAAGCUUACUCCAGCAAGCAACCGUUCACGAAUUGACCGGCGUUUUGAAGAAGCUCCUGCGGGAUUUGCCCGAUCCGGUCUUCACGAUGGAGCUGUUCGACAUGUUUUACAAAACGAGCUUGAUCCCCAACAACGAAGACAAGUUGAAGGCCCUCAAUCUUCUGGUUCUGCUCCUCCCGAUCGAGCACCGCAACACUUACAAAUUGCUGUUGCAAUUUCUCUUGAACGUGAUCAAGCAUGAAAAAGAGAACAGGAUGAACUUACACAACGUCGCCAUGAUUACGGCACCGUCGUUCUUCCCCGCUAGGUUGCUGUUACCGAAAGACAACAGCGGCAAGUUGAUCCAACUAACGAAAGAAGAAUUGACUAAACGUAUCAAUGGGGCCGCUGUAUGUUGUGUUAUUAUGGAAACCAUGUUACGUGCGGGCCUAAAACUCUGGCUAAUUCCGCCCUCUUUAGCGCGUCAGGCUAAAGAGGCACAAAAAAGAGCGCAAGACAAAAAGGAUGGUAGUAGAGAUAGAGACAAAAGAAUUCCGUGCGGUAAGACCAAGUUGGUUCGAAGCAGUACGCAGUAUGAGCCAGGCCCUAUAAACUCCCCCAGGAUCAAGAAGGAGUUUUAUAUUUAAAUCAACGAUCGAAAUAAUUACCUAUUCCUUUAACGUACCUUAUAAAUCCGUUGUUUAGUAACAUAUUUAAUACUUGGUAAACAAUUCUCUGUGCCAAAAUAAAUUUUACUUUUUAAAUUU